AGCUGCCUGUGUGGUGUCUGUCUGUCUGUUCGGUCGUUCUUCCCAGUCAUCAUCACGCCGCCGCCCGAUAUUUACUUGGGUUUAAUUUUCCUUAUUUAUAUAAAAAGUUUUUAAAUACUCAGCCAUGCCGGGGGGAGGUGCCUUAUUUGGUAAUUCGAGCUCGCGCUCUCAAAAUAAGAAUUUGGUGGAAUUUAAAGCUGGCAAAAUGACUAUGAAAGGCAAGAUUGUCCACCCGGACAAAAGGAAGGGUUUAUUGUACGUUUAUCAGUCUGAGGAGUCCCUCAUGCAUUUCUGCUGGAAAGAUCGUCAAACAGGAACGAUUGAAGAUGAUCUCAUCAUUUUCCCUGAUGAUUGCGAGUUCAAACGUGUUAAUCAGUGCACUACUGGUCGUGUUUACGUCUUAAAGUUCAAGUCGUCCAACAAGAAAUUCUUCUUCUGGGUUCAGGAGCCGAAGACUGACAAGGAUGAUGAAAAUUGCCGAAGGCUGAACGAAAUUCUGAACAACCCUCCCACGAAUCGUAGUGGUGGUGGCACUCCAGAUAGUGACAUUCAGAUUCAGAACCUUCUGAGCAACAUGUCUCAACAGCAGCUUGUUCAAUUGUUUGGGGGAGGUGGUCUCUCCAGUCUUUUGGGCACCAUGAAUGCCCCACGAUCCUCAGGCUCGGGAAACAAGAGCAGCAGCAGUGGCGGUGGUGGUGGAAGUGGAAGCAGUGGAUCAUCGAGCACUCCAGCCACAGCCUCCAGUGAUUCUGCACCAAGUGCUUCAACUGCUACUGCAAGUGCUACAAGUGGAUCUGGCAGCACUUCUACUCCCACUUCAUCCCGGACCAGCUCCAAGCCUCUAUCAACUAAAGGGAAUACAGCCGAGCAGAGUGCUCAAAACCCCAUUCAGUUGAACGACUUGCGUAACUUCUUGUCAACUCUGGGUUCAUUACCCGACGGUGAUCAGCGUCAGUCUGUGGAUCUAGCAGCUGGACUAAAUACUGAAAGUAUUCAGCCUUUACUGAGCAACCCUGCCGUUGUCAGAGAGCUGCAGCAACACCUGCCAUCACCCAUUGAAGAUUCUGGUGACCCACAAGAACGCCUGAGGUUGACUUUAACAUCUCCUCAGUUCCAGCAGGCACUGAGCAGCUUCUCAGAUGCUCUCCAGUCUGGCCAAAUAGGCCAUGUCAUCAAUCAAUUUGAUGUCGAUGGAGAUGCUGUGUCAGCUGCUAACCGAGGCAACAUGGAAGACUUUGUCCGAGCCCUGCAAAGAACAAGUAUUACGGGUUCCCCAAGCACCCCAUCUGCUGGUGGUACUACUGGUCCAACUGAAGCCAGUCCCGGUGAAGUGACACAACCAGAAAAGAAGAAGAAGAUGGACAAUACCAAAACACCUGACAAGAAGAAGGAUGAUGAUGAUGAAGGAAUGUCAAUGGAUUAAAAUUGAUCAUCAUGUUGCAUUUAUUCUUGGGUUUAUCUUUUCCACUGUAAUGUAUACUAAACCUUACUUGUUUCUUGGGUAUUAAAAUAAUUACUUCAUUUGCAUCUUACAAAUACCAGAAUAGGUAGCCAGAAUAGAGACUGAAUGGAAUGGACUGAAUUUGUCAGCUGAUGUGACAUAGCCAAGGUGGGGUUUAUUUUGUGUGAAGAAAAUAAAGUGUCCUUUUUUUAGCGUUUAUAAUGCUGGUAUGUAGAAUUGUAUUUUCUAAAUAAAUGGAGCAGGCAAUUCUUUA